AUGCCGUUGGAUUGGUUAUUUGGGCGUCGGAUGUCGCCCGAUGAGAUGUUGAGAAAGAAUCAGCGUGCUCUAAAUAAAGCAAUGCGUGAUUUGGAUCGCGAAAAAAUGAGAAUGGAACAGCAAGAAAAGAAAAUCAUUGUGGACAUCAAGAAAAUGGCUAAAGAUGGACAGAUGGAAUCGGUGAAAAUCAUGGCAAGAGAUUUAGUAAGAACAAGACGUUACCAAAAGAAAUUCAUGGUGAUGAAGGCUAACAUACAAGCGGUAUCUUUAAAAAUACAAACACUUAAAUCACAAAACGCUAUGGGUCAAGCAAUGAAAGGCGUGACUAAAGCAAUGCAAAAUAUGAACAGGCAACUCAAUUUACCACAAAUUCAAAGGAUACUACAAGAGUUUGAAAAACAGUCUGAAGUAAUGGAUAUGAAGGAAGAAGUAAUGAAUGAUGCUAUGGAUGAUGCGAUGGAAGACGAAGGAGACGAAGAAGAAACAGAUCAAAUUGUAACACAAGUACUAGAUGAGUUAGGUCUUCAGCUUACAGAUCAAUUGUCUGGAUUGCCCUCAGCUUCUGGCUCAAUAAGUAUAGCGGCUACUGGAAAAGUACCAAUUGUGGCUCAAGAUGGCGGUGGUAGUGCUGGUGGUGGUGGUGGUGCUGCUGCUGCACAACCAAAUGAUGCUGAUGCAGACUUGCAAGCUAGAUUAGAUAAUUUAAGGCGCAAGUGA